CCAGCGCCGUACGGUUCGGACGUGUGGGCCACGCACAAUUCAAUUCGCAAAUCGCAGAGUCUGGUCAGCAAGACAGUCUUGUGGAAAACCAAAAGAGAAACAAACCUGAACAAGUGAAAGAGAAAUUCGGAAAAGCGCCAGCCGAGAGCCGUGAAAAUCCACCCAGAAUAAUGUGCGCUUAGUGAAAACAGUGGCUAGCAAAAAAAAAAUGUCAAUUCCCAGUGACCGAGAGUGAGAAAUUCCCCCAAAAUAAAAAAUAAUACAAAAAAACGCAAACUACCAGCCGUCAGAGAACGGUACCCCAAGUCCCCCGAAACACAAGACCCCGAACAUGGCGGCAAUCCUGCUGCUCCUGCUGGGGCUAUCCUCCUCCGGCUCCUUCGCCGGAGCUGCCCUGGCGCCCAAGGACAGCGAUUCGAGUGCCAGUGCGAUGCUGGGCGCCGGAACGGGAGCCGCGGCCACGGUUUCCCUCUCCGGCGACUACUCCUCGCUGCUGUCGAACGUGCCGGCUCCCUCGUCCGCCUCCUCGGCGGCAUCGGCGGCAUCUCCGGUCCACAGCGGACCGGCGAACCAGUGCUCCUGGUCGUACAACGGUACCAGUUCGGUGCACUGCGCCCUCCGCCUGAUCGAGAAGCAGCCCGGCCUGGAUCUCCAGGGAGCGGAUGGCAGCAGCCAGCUGACCAUCCAGUGCAGCGAGCUCUACCUCUUCGAGUCCUCGCUGCCGGUGGCCGUGUUUGCCAGGCUGCAGACGCUGGAGUCGCUGCGGCUGGACUCCUGCAAGCUGCUGCAGCUGCCGAACAACGCUUUCGAGGGCCUGGGCACCCUGAAAACGCUGCACCUGAGCAGCCACAACAGCGAGUGGGGACCCACGAGGGCACUGGAGCUCUUUCCCGACUCGCUGGGCGGCCUGAAGCAGCUCACCGAACUCGACUUGGGCGACAACAACCUGCGGCAACUGCCAGCGGGCUUCCUCUGCCCGGUGGGCAAUCUCCAGGUGCUGAAUCUCACCCGCAACCGCAUCCGCACCGCCGAACAGCUGGGCUUUGCGGACAUGAACUGUGGUGCGGGUUCCGGAAGUGCCGGCAGUGAGUUGCAGGUCCUGGAUGCCAGCCACAAUGAGCUGAGGUCCAUCAGCGAGAGCUGGGGCAUCUCGAGGCUCCGGAGGCUGCAGCACCUCAACCUGGCCCACAACAAUUUGUCAGAGUUGUCUGGAGAAGCUCUGGCUGGAUUGGCUUCCCUGCGGAUUGUGAAUCUGAGUAACAACCACUUGGAAACGCUGCCCGAAGGACUCUUUGCUGGUUCCAAGGAGCUGAGGGAGAUUCACCUGCAGCAGAACGAGCUCUACGAACUGCCCAAGGGUCUGUUCCACCGAUUGGAGCAACUCUUAGUGGUGGAUUUGUCGGGCAACCAGCUGACCUCCAACCACGUGGACAACACCACUUUCGCCGGAUUAAUCAGACUGAUUGUUCUGAAUUUGGCCCACAAUGCGUUGACCCGCAUUGAUUACCGCACCUUCAAGGAGCUGUACUUCCUGCAGAUCCUGAAUCUGCGCAACAACUCCAUCGGCCACAUCGAGGACAACGCCUUCCUGCCCCUCUACAACCUGCACACCCUCAAUCUCGCCGAGAACCGCCUGCACACUCUGGACGACAAGCUGUUCAAUGGCCUGUAUGUGCUGUCCAAGUUAACGCUGAACAACAAUCUCAUCAGUGUGGUGGAGCCAGCUGUGUUCAAAAAUUGCUCGGACUUGAAGGAACUCGAUUUGAGUUCCAAUCAGCUGAACGAAGUGCCGAGAGCUCUCCAGGAUUUGGCCAUGUUGCGCACUCUUGAUUUGGGCGAAAACCAAAUCCGCACCUUCGACAACCAGAGCUUCAAGAAUCUUCACCAGCUGACGGGUCUGCGGUUGAUUGACAACCAAAUCGGAAACAUAACAGUGGGCAUGUUCCAGGAUUUGCCAAGACUAAGUGUCCUAAACCUGGCCAAGAACCGCAUCCAGAGCAUCGAGCGGGGUUCCUUCGACAAGAACUACGAACUGGAGGCCAUUCGGUUGGACAGGAACUUUCUCGCGGACAUCAAUGGGGUGUUUGCCACUCUGGUCUCCCUGCUGUGGUUGAAUCUCUCCGAGAAUCAUCUGGUCUGGUUCGAUUACGCCUUUAUUCCCUCGAAUCUGAAGUGGCUGGAUAUCCAUGGCAACUACAUCGAAGCUCUGGGCAACUACUACAAGUUGCAGGAGGAGAUUCGAGUGAAAACACUGGAUGCCUCGCACAAUCGCAUCACGGAAAUCGGACCAAUGUCCAUACCAAAUACCAUUGAACUGCUGUUUAUCAACAACAAUCUGAUUGGCAACGUGCAGCCAAAUGCCUUUGUGGACAAGGCGAACCUGGCCAGAGUGGAUCUGUAUGCCAAUCAGCUGAGCAAACUGCAGCUGCAGCAAUUGCGAGUGGCUCCGGUGGUGGCACCCAAGCCCCUGCCGGAGUUCUACUUGGGUGGCAAUCCCUUCGAGUGCGACUGCACCAUGGACUGGCUGCAGAGGAUCAACAAUCUGACCACCCGCCAGCACCCCAGGGUAAUGGAUAUGGCGAACAUUGAGUGCGUGAUGCCACAUGCUCGUGGUGCUGCAGUGCGUCCCUUGAGUGGCCUGCGUCCCCAGGAUUUCCUCUGCCGCUACGAGUCCCACUGUUUCGCCCUCUGUCACUGUUGUGAUUUCGAUGCCUGCGACUGCGAGAUGACCUGUCCCAGCAACUGCACCUGCUACCACGACCAGAUCUGGUCCACUAACGUGGUGGAUUGUGGUGGCCAGCAGACCACGGAGCUGCCGCGUCGAGUGCCCAUGGAUUCCAGUGUGGUCUAUCUGGAUGGCAACAACUUCCCAGUGCUGAAGAACCAUGCUUUUAUCGGGAGGAAAAACCUGCGGGCGCUGUACGUGAAUGGCAGUCAGGUGGCGGCCAUCCAAAAUCGCACCUUCGCCAGCUUGGCAUCGCUGCAGUUGCUCCACUUGGCGGACAACAAGCUGAGAACCCUGCACGGUUACGAAUUCGAGCAGCUUUCCGCCCUGCGGGAGCUGUAUCUGCAGAACAACCAGCUGACGACCAUCGAGAACGCCACCUUGGCUCCCUUGGCUGCCCUCGAGCUGCUCCGCAUCGAUGGAAACCGAUUGGUCACCCUGCCCAUUUGGCAGAUGCACGCCACCCAUUUUGGCAACAGGCUGCGUUCGAUUAGCCUGGGCAGGAAUCAGUGGAGUUGCAGGUGCCAGUUCCUCCAGGCACUCACCUCCUAUGUGGCGGAUAAUGCCCUGAUUGUCCAGGAUGCCCAGGAUAUCUACUGCAUGUCGGCCAGUUCCGGCAGUGGUGGCUCCCACUUGGAGGACACAUCUGCGAGUGUGGGUUCCCUGGAGAAGAGGGAGCUGGACUUCAAUGCCACCGGAGCCGCUUGCACGGAUUACUAUUCUGGAGGCUCCAUGUUGCAGCAUGGCAUUCCGGAAUCGUAUAUUCCCCUCCUGGCUGCUGCACUGGCCCUUCUCUUCCUGCUCGUCGUGAUUGCCAUGGUGUUCGCCUUCCGGGAGUCCCUGAGGAUCUGGCUGUUUGCUCAUUACGGUGUCCGUGUUUUCGGUCCCCGCUGCGAGGAGUCCGAGAAGCUCUACGACGCAGUGCUUCUCCACUCCGCCAAGGACUCGGAGUUCGUGUGCCAGCACUUGGCUGCCCAGCUGGAGACGGGAAGACCGCCGCUGAGGGUCUGCCUGCAGCAUCGGGACUUGGCCCACGACGCCACGCACUACCAGCUUCUGGAAGCCACGAGGGUUUCCCGCCGAGUGGUCAUCCUGCUGACCAGGAACUUCCUGCAAACGGAGUGGGCCAGGUGCGAACUUCGGCGUUCGGUGCACGACGCCCUGCGUGGCAGGCCCCAGAAGCUGGUGAUCAUCGAGGAGCCGGAGGUGGCCUUCGAGGCGGAGAGCGACAUAGAGCUGCUGCCCUACCUGAAAACCUCGGCUGUGCAUCGCAUCCGCCGCUCGGAUCGGCACUUCUGGGAGAAGCUGCGCUACGCGUUGCCCGUGGACUAUCCCACCUUCAGGGGCAACAACUAUACGCUGGAGCUGGACCACCACAACCACGAGCGGGUGAAGCAGCCGGCGAGUCCCGGCCUGCUCUACCGCCAGGCCCCGCCCCCCGCCUACUGCGGCCCGGCGGACGGAGGUCCUGCUCCCCCGGGAGCCGUGGUCAGUGCCUCCUCCGUUCCGGCGGAGCAGAACUACUCCACGGCCACCACGGCCACGCCCAGUCCGCGGCCACAGAGGCGGGGCGAUCAGCAGCAUCAGCAGGGAUCGGUAUCGGGAUCGGUGUCCGGUUCCGGGAGCCACCACCUGCACGCCCAGUACUACCAGCACCACGGGAUGCGACCGCCCUCGGAGCACAUAUACUCCAGCAUCGACUCGGACUACUCGACCCUGGACAACGAGCAGCACAUGCUGAUGAUGCCAGCGGUUGUGGGAAUGGAGGCGGCCCCAAGGGCGCAGACCUGGCGGCCCAAGAGGGAGCAGCUCCAUCUCCAGCAGGCCCAGGCCGGAACUCUGGGCUCCAAGGCGAGCCAACAACAACAGCAGCAGCAGCAGCAACAAAAUCAGACAGCUGUAUCCGGUCAGCAGCAGGGACCUCAUGUCCAGGCGUAUCUGGUGUAAGGAGCGCUUUCCGGGCGAGUGACAGUGAUUUCUUUAGGGACUGGUUCCUGUGCAUAAUUUUAAUUACUAAAAUAUGUGCGAGUUAGGCUAAGAGAUGAGAAAUGGGAAACGAGAGUUGGAGAGAUGCGGAGGCCGAAGCUAGCAAGCCAGAUUUUAACGUACCAGCAGGAUAUAUCAUUUUGUUUAUCCAGUGUAAAGUCAUUUUAGAUGCACUAAACAAACACACGAGAUACAGAUGCAAUUCGGGGACGAGUGAGUGUAUCUAAAGGAGGAGAAAGGGGGAGUGGGGGGUCGUGUUACUACAAUGCCAUUUCAAAGUUUCAAAACUUUACCACACAGCAAACUUAGUUUUCUCCCUCACAUGAACGCACGAACUUGCUCUUCAGCUGGCAUUUGCUUAGCCGAGAAUUGCCCGAGGGGGAAUUUGUGAUAACUUUUUAAUAUGGUUUUAAUCAGUUGGACUCGAGAACCUCGAGUGUAAAGAUUCCCGGUCUGGGAUGAACUUUCCAAGGGCCAGACCCACUCACAACUGCAUUUCUAUUUGCAUUUGCAUUAAGAUGCCUCGAAGACGCACUGUGUCCCAAGUAGAUUGUUUAUUAAUUGACUUGAUAAUUGCCAUUAAUCCGGAAGAGGGUCUACCAUAUAACCACGCAUCGCAUCUCCUGCAUCCUGAAUCCAUUUGUAAAUAGCUCUCCGUACCGUAUUUACUGCCCAAACAUAGAUGCACACACCUACAUACACCUUUAUAUAGAUACAGACACAAAUUUGUACCCGUAUGGGGAUAAUUCAAUAAUCACAUUCAAGUACACAUGUAAAUUGUAUGCCACAGCGACGGCGAGCCGUAAAAUCGAUAAAUGCAUUUGUCAAGUAAUCUCUGUAUGUAAAAAGCAUAAAUAAUUAGCUAGCAAACCGAGGGCUCGGGAAGAUUUCCCGGGGCUUUACCACAUCAUAAUAACAAACGCAGAAACCGAAACAAAAACAUAAACAAAAAGCAGAAGCAAAAACACAGAAAAGCUCAUUUUAAACACUUACGCUUACCAAACUAACGAUAAUUGUAAUAAAAGUUUCGCAACUGGCGCAGCGCAUACACAAUAUGCAUAGCUAAUUAUAUAUAGUACAUACGUAUAUAUAUUCAUGGAUAUAUCAAUGUGCGUGUCUGCAUGUACGUGACUGUGUAAAGUGAAGCAAACUACUGAUAUUAAAGAACUACUAUGUAUGAGGUACCCUUUAUAUGCAUACAUAUAAAGUAUCUAUAUCUACGCAUAUAUUAUACGAGUAAAUGUUUAACAACUGCCUAUAGAAAGUACGAAGAGAAGAGCAUUUAUUUCAGCACACUCGCCUACUCGUCAUUAAUUAAGAUAAGGAAAUCAGUUCGAAACUAGCGAGAGAUACGAGAGAAUCGUAAGACAUGUAAAACACUUGUACCAGUAUGAAAGCCCAAAACUGUUAUUUAAUUUUAUCAUUUUGUAAUAUAUUAUAUACGGAGACGAUAAGCCCUAAGUUUAGUUCUAACGCAGCUCUACGAUAAUGUAUAACCUAUGGAUAAUUCAAUUUUGUGAAUACAACUAUUUAUAUACUAUAUACAUCUAAAUCUAUGUACGAUUACGACAAACAACAAACAAAGAUAUUUUUCUGUUUCGCCAGCGAACAAUGCAAAUGAAAUGAACAACUUUUUUAAAACAAAAACCUAAAAA